AUGCCCACUUUGUUCAAGAGGACUGUGGACACAUUUGGACACCAGGUGGCGCUCAGAGAGACUGUCACCCCUGGAGUAGAGGCAAGGUUGAGAGUGGACAUUCAAGCAAUACUCAGAGGAUGUCAUGACUUGUGCCAAAGCCUUCAUUUCUCUUGGGCUACCAAGACUUGGCACAGUUUGCAUCCUAGGGAAGAACUCUNAGCAGUAGAGCCGGAACUUGGAUUCCGGAACCGAGGACCGGAUCAAGUGUUGCCAACAAAAGCGGACUUUGUGACUGACUGGAAGCAAGCAGUGAGGAUCCGACUGGGACCUGAAUGUGAUUCGGAGCCUGAGUCUAUGCCCACUUUGUUCAAGAGGACUGUGGACACAUUUGGACACCAGGUGGCGCUCAGAGAGACUGUCACCCCCGGAGUAGAGGCAAGAGGAGUGUUUGCUGGCAUUUAUGAGACAGACAGUCCUGAGCAAUGCAAGUACAUUGCUGCUACCAUGGAAGCAACAAUUGUGGUGGUGGAGAAUGAUGAACAGGCCAUCAAGAUCCAAACUGUGAAGUCUCAGUUGCCAGCACUGAGAGCUGUCAUCCAAUGGAAUGGAGAACCGCUUAUCCCUGGUGUCAUGAAGUGGUCCACCAUGAUGACCCAAGGGAAUCAUUUGAGGAAUGAACUGGAAAGUCGACUGGAGUCAAUAGCCAUCAACCAAUGCUGUGUGGCUGUUUGCACUUCAGGGACCAUUGGGAACCCAAAGUUGGCCAUGAUGACACAUGACUACUGUGUUCUGAAUGCAAAAAGCUUUUCAAAGCACAGUUCCUCCAGGAUGGGUCAAGAGAUCAUGAUGAGUUUCAUGCCAUUCAAUCAUGCCAGUGGAUUUAUUUUUGAGUUUCUAUGUCACAUUGCUUGUGCUGGCACUUUGAACUUUAAACCUGAAGCAUUAAGGGGCAACCUUUUGGAGCCCUUGAAGGAAGUGAGACCCACUCAGAUUUUCACAGUUCCUAGACAAGUGGAGAAACUUGCUGAGAAGCUCAAGGUCUUGGAAACUGAGUUGAUGGGUCCUGGCCUAACUUGGGCCAGGAAUGCUGCCCUGGAAUAUUACCUGGCCAAGCAACAUGGACCUAUUUUCACAGUUCCUAGACAAGUGGAGAAACUUGCUGAGAAGCUCAAGGUCUUGGAAACUGAGUUGAUGGGUCCUGGCCUAACUUGGGCCAGCAAUGCUGCCCUGGAAUAUUACCUGGCCAAGCAACAUGGACCUGUGACAAUAUCUCAGGAGGCCAAUUUUAAAAAGGCGAAACUUUUGCAUUUCAACUCAAUCAAGAAAAGAAUGGGCUUGGACAGGAUGAGGUACUUUGCAGUUGGAGCAGCUCCUGUGAGUGCAGCUCUUGUGGAGUACUUUCUCAGCUUUGACAUUCAACUGUUUCAGGAGUAUGGGAUGACAGAGUGUGGACCAACAAACAUAGAGACUCCAACUCUCUUUGGAAUUGGAAGUUGUGGAGGAGUUGUGAAAGGAUUCAAUGUUGUUGUGGAACCUUGUGGUGAUGGUGGAACUGAAGGAGAGGCACUGGUGGAUCCUAAUACAAAUUUGCCAACUGAUGAACUGUCCCCUGAAGCCUUGCAGUGGCUGGAAGUGAUUGGAUCACCCUGCAAAACUGUCUCUCAAGUGAUUGCUACUGAAGAUCCAGCAGUUUUCAAAUCAAUCCAGGAAGCCAUUGAUGAGUAUAACUCAAAAUUUGCAGCCAGCAAUGUUGAGUCCAUAAAAAAGUGGAGGAUCAUUCCCACAGAAUUCUCUCUUGUGGGGGGAGAGCUGAACAAUGUUCUCAAGUUGAAGAGAGCAUUUAUUGAGACCAAAUAUGCCAAAUAUAUUGAGUCCAUCCCAAUUGAACAGAAGUUGAAGAGACUAUUGAACCCUGCCAUCACUAGUGUCAUUGUUGUUGGGGAGUCCAGAAAGUUCAUUUCUGCUCUGUUUGGCCUCAAGGCACUGGUGGAUCCUAAUACAAAUUUGCCAACUGAUGAACUGUCCCCUGAAGCCUUGCAGUGGCUGGAAGUGAUUGGAUCCCCCUGCAAAACUGUCUCUCAAGUGAUUGCUACUGAAGAUCCAGCAGUUUUCAAAUCAAUCCAGGAAGCCAUUGAUGAGUAUAACUCAAAAUUUGCAGCCAGCAAUGUAGAGUCCAUAAAAAAGUGGAGGAUCAUUCCCACAGAAUUCUCUCUUGUGGGGGGAGAGCUGAACAAUGUCCUCAAGUUGAAGAGAGCAUUUAUUGAGACCAAAUAUGCCAAAUAUAUUGAGUCCAUGUAU